AUCCAUCAUAUUUUUCAUCUACUGCUACGACCGUCUUUUUUGUUACAUUAAUAAUCAUGGCAUUUUCUUCAGCCAUUGUGUUGACUGAUUUAAAUGACUAUAUUGCACCUUCUCAAGCAUGUAUAAAGCCAGUUGAAAUUCAAAAAGCUGAUAAAGAUGCCCAAGGACCUACCGAGAUCAAAGUAGAUAAAGAAGGAACCUACUACGAGAUUAGUCAAGACGACGGACAAGAAAAGAAGCUCGAAAAGGCUUCUAUCACUUUAAACGAUUGCCUUGCCUGCAGUGGAUGCGUUACUUCAGCAGAGAGUGUUUUAAUAUCGAUGCAGUCAUUAGAAGAGUUUACCAAAGUGCUCGAACAGAAUAAAUAUCAGAGAAUUGUCAUUUCUAUCAGCCCUCAGUCAAGAGCAUCCUUAGCAGCUAAAUAUCAACUGACGCCUAUCCAAGUACAAUAUAGGCUGGUUCAUUUCUUCAAAAACAUACUGGGUGUUCAUCAUGUGUUUGAUAUCGCAUUUACUCAGGAUCUAUCAUUAGUUGAGGCAGCACGUGAGUUUGUAGAUCGUUUUAGAGAGUACAUGGCCAAUGGAGGAGAGACUGCAGAGAAAGCGAUUUAUGAACAACAGAAGCAAGAAGAGUUGGAAGGAGGAAGACCUGCUCGAGUGAGAGGCGCAAGAGGACAAUCAAGAAAGACAGGGGAAAGCAGCAGCAUGCCUAUGCUUGCCUCAUCUUGUCCUGGUUGGGUGUGUUAUGCUGAAAAGACGCAUGGCGAUGUCCUGCCUCAUAUCUCAACCGCUAAAUCGCCUCAGCAAAUGAUGGGAUCACUUGUCAAAAAUUACUUUGCACAAAAGUUAGGUCAAGCACCAAGUCAGAUAUACCAUGUGUCGGUUAUGCCCUGCUAUGAUAAAAAGUUAGAAGCAAGUCGUCCUGAUUUUGAAGUCGAUGGAAUAAGAGACGUAGACUGUGUCUUGACUACUUCAGAAAUUGACCAAAUGCUACAGUCUCACCAUUUCCUUGAAAUGCCUGAAGCGCCAAUUGAUGAUAUGUUUAAUAAGGUCGGUAUUGACCCUCAGACAGGACAGCAAACACUCUUGGGCGUACCUGGUUCUUCAUCGGGUGGUAGCUUAGAAUAUGUCUUGGCCGCGGCUGCUCGUGAACUCUUUGGGCUGCCUACUAUCGAAGGACGAGUGACGGUCAAGGCGGGCAAGAAUGCAGAUAUAUGUGAAUAUAGUUUGAUGAGCGACGAUGGACGACCCGUGUUACGAUUUGCGAGUGCUUAUGGAUUUAGAAAUAUACAAAAUUUGGUACGCAAGAUUAAACAGGGAAAGUGCACAUAUCAUUAUGUUGAAGUAAUGGCAUGUCCUGGCGGCUGUGCUAAUGGCGGCGGACAGAUUGUACCUGUAGAUGUCAAUCCAAAGGAAUGGCUGAAUCAAGUAGAAAAUAUCUAUAGAUCUGUAACAGGAGUGUGGCCAGAGGAAAAUGAAACGAUCAAGGGAAUUUACAAUGAAUGGAUAGGUGCUGACGACACAAAACGAAAGACUAUACUUCAUACACAAUAUCAUGCUGUUACUCAAAGCUUCCAAAACCCAUUGGCUACCAAGUGGUAGUAUUAUAUUUAUACAUGUAUAUGUA